GAAAGCUCAAGACGGUACAAUGUUUUCCUUGGUGGUUCUGGCACUGCUGUCCUGCACUGAGACACAAGGGCUCCAACAUGUGUUUGUGCUGCAUGGAAAAGACUUACACCUGGAUGUAGAGAAACCUGUUGAACUUGAUGAAACAACAGAUUUAUUCUGGAGAUUUAAUAACAAAAACAAUAUUGUUAAAAUCACUCCUGAAAGAAAGACAGUUCUCAUUAACAUCUAUAAAGGAAGGGUUGAGUUUGGACAAAAUUACUCUCUGUUAUUAAAGAAUGUACAACACAGUGACAGUGGAGAUUAUACUGCAGUCACAGUUGGGGGACAAGAGCAAAGGGUAGCUGAGUACAAGGUCACAGUCCAAGAUCCAGUGUCUCCAGUUAAUCUGACAGUGACCAACAGCUCAGACUCCUGUAACAUCACUGUGACCUGCAGCACAGUGGACUUAAAGAUCAGCAGAACUUUUAGAUGUGAUGCCCAAAACUGCUCUCAGGUGGAAGAAAAGAGUCUGAACACCACAAAAACCUUUUCCUCUCUGAUUGUUUACCUGCAGCAAGACACCAUCGUUUGUAACCAUAGCAACCAAGUGAGCUGGAAACACAGCAAGGUGACCAAACUGCAGUGUGAGCCAAAGCCAGCUUCAGAUGGUGUUUCCCUCUGCGUGGUGAGGACAGUCGUCUUCUGUGUCGGUCUGAUCAUCAUGGUGUUUGCUGUCAUCAGUGUGCACGUCAUGGAGAAGAUUAAGAAGAAAGAAUAAAGUUCCCUGCUAACCAACUGUACAUAAAGCUCGUUCUUAUCUAGAAAAAUAUGAAGUUAAAGAAAUUGUUUGUUUUUUUCUCACUUGCAGCACCUUUGGUUAAAAAUAGGUCCUUGUUGUUUGUUCUAUUAUAAAACAGAAAUUCUGCAUUUGAAAUGUAAC